GAGCAGAUCGUCGAAGCGGAUGCCUUUUCCCGGUGGCAGGAAUGUCCCACGUGGCCAAUUACAGAACGAGCACACUUACGUACAUAACUGCGUUCAUACGCAUCUUCACGGACUAAAAACACCGUCGUUCGUUUCACCACUUCUUUUCCUCUCUCUUUUUUCCGGGCUUAUCAGCAGCAAGGACCCGUUGUCAUCUACCGUAGCGGCAUGUCGACAACAUCAUCUUCGUCUCACCCAAUCACACUGGAUGAGCUGUUUGGCGCCCCUGUCGACUCUGCGAACCGCAGCAGCACCGCUGCGCGGAAAGCCUCGACAGCAUCACAAACCUCUCCCGCUGAAAGCAUCAUGAAGAAAGACUACGCCGCAGUACUCACCGCACCCCCUCAAACGUCCGAGAGACACCGCGACGUGUCUCCUGCCCCCCGAUCGCUGCUCGUGCGACUUCUACGCGACAACAACAAAACAAGCAGCAACCACGACUUGAGUGAAAGUGGAGGGCGUGCAACCCCACCGCUGUACCUAGGCGUACAGCGCGCAAGCGUGGAGUACGCCGGCACAUCCACCACGGCAUCACGCGAACCCCCGCACGUCAGUCGUUCCACUGCGCUCUCGACCACCUCGCACGCAACUUCGUCGGGCGAUCACAUUUCGUCUGUUACAGGAUCCACGGUGAACCGCGUGCUGGGCAUUCCUCCGUCCUCCUCCGCCUUUUCGGAUCCGGCAAGCGAGGUGGCCGCGGCCUUUCAACCUGACGAGAAGAACGCCUUCACCACUGCUGCGUUGCUGUGGCGGUUUCUCCAUCAAUCCCAGCACAUCGCCACUCACAACAGCAGCACUCCGUUUCCAAAGGCUGCCUACACUUCAACUGCACAGGAAUCGCAGGGCUAUCACGCGCUUCGUAUCGCCUGUUUGGUUCCGUCCGUCGUACCGGCUGAUGCAGCGGUCGAGGCGAACACGGACGCCGCCGUGGCAGCAAAACUGGACCAGGCUCCUUAUCUCAUCGAGAGCACUUACAUGCGCGCUUCCACAAUCACGACAGUGCUGCAGCGACAAAAGACGCAGCGGCACGCUGCCUACUCUGCGGCGCACGCCUUUUUUCGCUCGCCGAUGCCGCUGACCGAUACCCCGGACGUCGCGCCGCCCACCCGUUUGCCGGCGCUGCUCGACAUGCCGCUCUCGUUGAGGUGUGCGAUGUGUCAAAAGCACGAUUCAGUUUGCCACCGCUGCCAUUGCCGUUGGAGCAAAUUACAGGAGUCGUAUCGCGCAGAAACCGCGAUUCGCUGCUACAGCACCCUCGACGUGAACAGACGUGGUCCAUUGGGUUUGUUGACGGCCGCGUUGGGAACUGGCGCUUUUCUCGAAAUGAUGUCCAUCGCGGAUGGCGUGGCGUUGACGCGGACGCGCGUGCGUGUGACGCCGGCGAGUUUGGAGCUCUUGCUGCGGAGCUGCGGCCGGGUGCUCUCUACCGCCAUCGAAACUCGCCUCACACGUGCGGAGGACGCUACGCAGCCUUAUCGUGCGAUGUGGCUGAAGGUGGGACACAUCGGUUGCCUCUUUGGGCAGCGAGAUGUGCUGCGCUCCCUGUGGUUACGGUGUAAUGGCGGGUGCUCCUACGCGGCGCAGACCACAGCAAAUGGGCUGCACGCCCUCGAGCUGCUCUCGGAUCCUUUUGAACCUGCGUUGCUGACCAUCUUAAACAAAUGUGCGGCAUUGCGUGAGUAUUUAUUGUGGGCCCGCUUUAUGCAGUGCCUCGCCAUGAAGGCGGCCGGCGAUGACGUCGAGACAUCGCAGCUGUGCGUGGAGCUUCGUCACGCCGGCAGCUGGGUGGGGGCCUGGUCAGAGGCGUUGCUGGCCUACGUGAAGGGUGACAGCGAUCGCUGCGUGAAACUUUGCGACGAGCUUCUUCGUGGUCACGCGGCACUUACUUCCGCGGUGGGAGGCGAGGAAGGUGCAGCGGCACCGCGAGGACAUCUGGCGCGUGGUGCCUCCGUCAUCUCCCUCGCCUCCUCAGCGGUGGAGACGACCAACAGUACGCCACCACCUCCGCUAACCUCAUCGACCUCAGCUGUCACGACACCAACGGCAUUCUCCACGUGUUCCACGGUGGACCUGAACCGGAUUCGCAGUCUGAAGGAGCUUGCCCUCCGACCGAAGGAGUGGUUGCCGCAUCUCAACGCCGCUGAAGAAGAAGCGGCCACAUCUGUUGUUGUUUAUGGAGACGCAGACCGCGUGAAGGAGGCGGCCACGGAGCAGCAGCAGAGGGACCCCAAGAUGCGUAGCGUGCGGUGUUUACCGGUGCGUCGUCUGCCGUUUCGUGUUGUGCGACGUAUUUUGUCCUACUGCGACGCGCGCACGCUGCUCCACGUCCAUGGCGCCACCAAGAUCCCUCUGCUCCAGUGGAUCACGCUGGCCCGUAUCAAAUGCCUGCCUGCAACGCAGUGGACGCAUCUGUUGACGUCUAACGUGGGUUAUGAACCGCUGAUGCACUCUCUCUGCAAAUUCGUUCCGCCUCCGACCCCGUCGCGGGAGGAGCGAGAAGCACAGAUGGACAGCGAAGAAGUCGUGGCAUCUGUUCUUGCAUCGCGGGCAAGAGAAUCGAAGGGGGAUGCGGAGACGCGGGCUGGGGCGGCGGUGGCCACAGCGUGCCCCCCGUUCCAGCCGCUUUGCCUGUCCGUCGUGGAUAUCGACGAUCUAAGCCACUUUUCUGUCAAGGCGGUGACGCUGGCGCACAAGACGGCGCAGCGUGAAAUCGUCGCCGAGGAACCGCUUACGGUGGCUCAGCGCCUGCUGCAAAGUCUCUUCGGUCGCGCGACUUCCCUCAUCAACGCGUCGAAGUACUUGGUGCUGUCGCGUGUCUACCGACUCACCGCACAACCCAAUGAGCCGGACAUUGCCAACGCGGAUGUGUCGAGGUGGUCGUGGGAGGCCGUUCAGCAGUGGGAGGUGGAUGUCCACGAGACGAUCCGUUGGUGCACCUACGCGCAGCAACACGCGGAAGCAGAAAGGUUGUUGUAA